AUGCUGUCCAGCACUGCUCGACGACAGCUGUUGCAGCGACUUCCCGGGAAGGCUCCUCGUAUUGCCUCCCGGGAUGUUCUGUGCUAUGCUGCCCACCAGAGCCCCCGUCUUCGCAGCGGGUUUGCCACACAGGUAUACCGCCUGAGCCAGGUGAAGAGCUUCACCGAAACAGAGUCCUUUGCCAAGCUCCAGCAACAUGAGUCCUUCCCCCGAAGGCAUCUUGGCGACGAGGCAGACGAGCACCAGGAAAUGCUCAAGGCGCUCGUCCCCCCUGCCGCCUCUAUGGAGGAGUUCAUCAGCCAGACCAUCCCAGAGCAGGUCCGGAGGAAAUCUACUGGCCUGGAUUUGGUGGAGCAGUGGAAGGCCGAGGACCCCCUUACUCCCGUGCCUGCAAACGGGCGCUCGGAGCAGUUCGUGAGGGAGCAGAUGAAGAAGCUUGGCGACCUGAACACCGUCGCCGAGUCCUACAUUGGAGCUGGCUACUACGGUACCCAGGUCCCCGCCGUCAUCCAGCGCAACAUCCUUGAGAACCCGGCGUGGUACACCAGCUACACUCCCUACCAGGCCGAGAUCAGCCAGGGCCGUCUCGAGUCCCUGCUCAACUUCCAGACCAUGGUCGCUGACCUGACUGGUCUCGAGAUCGCCAACGCCUCCGUCCUGGAUGAGGCCACUGCCGCUGCCGAGGCCAUGACCAUGGCUUUCGCCAACGCCCCUAAGAGCGGAGGCAAGACCUUCGUUGUGUCUGAGAACUGCCACCCCCAGACUCUCGAGGUUCUCAAGUCCCGAGCGGAGGGAUUCGGCAUUGAGCUCGUCGUCGGUGACGUCCUCGCCAACGAAUACGAGCUCGUGAAGAAGGCCGGCAAGAGCCUUGUUGGUGUUCUUCUCCAGUACCCCGACACCCGUGGUGGUGUCUUCGACUACCAAGGCCUCUCCGAUCUCGUCCACGAGGGCAAGGGUCUCGUUUGCGUCGCCACGGAUCUCCUGGCCCUCACUCAGCUCAAGGCGCCUGGCGAGUUCGGCGCCGACAUUGCCCUCGGCAGCUCCCAGCGAUUUGGUGUUCCUCUGGGAUACGGAGGUCCCCACGCUGGAUUCUUCGCCUGCUCCGAGAAGUACAAGCGCAAGAUUCCCGGACGUAUUGUCGGUGUUUCCAAGGAUCGAUUGGGCAACCCAGCCCUUCGCCUUGCUCUGCAGACUCGCGAGCAACACAUUCGCCGUGAGAAGGCCACCAGCAAUAUCUGUACCGCCCAGGCUCUGUUGGCCAACAUGAGCGCCUUCUACGCCAUCUACCACGGCCCCGAGGGUCUCAAGGCCAUUGCCCAGGAUGUUUGGGCCAAGACUCGCCUGGCGCAGGAUCUUAUCACGCGCCAGGGUGACUUCAAGCUCUCCACCACCGGUCUCCGAGACGAUGGCUCUGUUCUCUUUGACACCUUGACCCUCGAGGGAUCUUCAGAUGCCGUCAUCAAGGCACACGAGAAGGCCUCUCUCCUCAACAUCAACCUUCGCAAGAUCAGCGAGACCGAGCUGGGCUUCUCCCUCCACGAGGGUGUCUCUCUGGAGAGCCUGGGCAAGCUUCUCAAGUGCUUCAACGUGGCCGAGCAGGACUUCAAUGCCGCCGUUGAGAAGGGUCUGGACAGUGCUCUCUACUCCAACUCGUCCAUCCCCGCCAACCUCCAGCGCAAGACCGCCUUCCUCCAGAACCCCGUCUUCAAUCAGCACCACUCCGAAACCAAGCUUCUACGAUACAUCUACCAUCUUGGAAACAAGGAUCUCUCCCUCGUCCACUCCAUGAUCCCUCUCGGCUCCUGCACCAUGAAGCUCAACGCCACCACCGAAAUGCUUCCCGUCUCUCACCCCGGAUUCUCAAAUAUCCACCCCUUCGCUCCCGUCGAGCAGGCUCCUGGCUAUCAGGCCAUGCUCGCCUCCCUCCAGAAGAACCUGUCGACCAUCACCGGCUUCGACGAGGUCAGCCUGCAGCCCAACUCGGGCGCCCAGGGUGAGUUCGCCGGCCUCCGCACCAUCAAGGCCUACCACGAGAGCCGCGGCGAGGCGAACCGAAACAUCUGCCUCAUCCCCGUCUCCGCCCACGGCACCAACCCCGCCAGCGCCGCCAUGGUGGGCAUGAAGGUCGUCGCCAUCAAGUGCGACGCCAAGACGGGCAACCUCGACAUCGCCGACCUCAAGGCCAAGUGCGAGAAGCACGCCAAGGACAUCGCCGCCGUCAUGGUCACCUACCCCAGCACGUUCGGCGUCUUCGAGCCCGAGGUCAAGGAGGUCUGCCGCAUCGUCCACGAGUACGGCGGCCAGGUCUACAUGGACGGCGCCAACAUGAACGCCCAGAUCGGCCUCUGCAGCCCGGGAGACAUCGGCGCCGACGUCUGCCACCUCAACCUCCACAAGACCUUCUGCAUCCCCCACGGCGGCGGCGGCCCGGGAGUAGGUCCCAUCGGCGUCCGCAGCCACCUCGCCCCCUUCCUCCCCGGCCACCCAGAGGCCGACCCCCAGAACGGCGGCAAGGCGCGCGAGUCGACGGCCAUCGCGCCCAUCAGCGCGGCGCCCUGGGGCAGUGCGUCCAUCCUGCCCAUCAGCCACGCCUACAUCCUCAUGAUGGGCGGCGAGGGCCUCACGCGCCAGACGGGCGUCGCCCUCCUCAACGCAAACUACAUCAUGUCCCGCCUCCUCCCCCACUACAGCGUCGUCUACACCAACGACAACGGCCGGUGCGCGCACGAGUUCAUCCUCGACAUCCGCCCCUUCAAGGAGACGGCGGGAGUCGAGGCCGCCGACGUGGCCAAGCGCCUGCAGGACUACGGCUUCCACGCGCCCACCAUGAGCUUCCCCGUCUCGGGCACCCUCAUGAUCGAGCCGACCGAGUCCGAGUCGCGCGAGGAGCUCGACCGCUUCUGCGACGCCCUCAUCCAGAUCCGCCAGGAGAUCGCGGCCAUUGAGUCCGGCAAGGUGCCCAAGGUCGGCAACCUGCUCAAGAACGCGCCGCACCCGCAGCAGGACCUGCUGUCGGGCGAGUGGGACAGGCCGUACACGCGCGAGGAGGCGGCGUACCCGCUGCCGUACCUGCGGGCCAAGAAGAUGUGGCCGUCGGUGGCGAGGGUGGACGAUGCGUACGGUGAUACCAACCUGUACUGUACGUGUCCGUCUGUGGAGGAGCUUGCCGAGUAA